AUGGGCCUCCGCGGCGGCAAGGACUCACCGCCGCUCAAGGCCGGGGUGGAGGACGCCGUCCGGCGCAGCAUCCAGCGGAUGGAGGGCCUCACGCCCGCGGAGACGGGCUCGUACGUGUCGGGGCCCGGCACGGCGGCGGCGGUGCGGGAGGACGGCUCAAUCGGCUAUGGCGCGUCGGUGGUCGCGUGCGAGGAGUGGCUGCGCCAAUUGCAGACAGUGGAGAGUGCCAGCGAGCCUUCCGCUACUCCAUUCCGCUUCGGUCUCAUGCAAAAAGGCAUCUUGUCGAACGCUGCACCGCUUGCAGCCUUCGCAUCGCGCCGCUGCCGAGGAGCGACUCUUGUCAUGCAUCAGCUCUCCUCAUCGCCCCCGCCCACUUGCCCACCGCCGAUCAAUCAGCUCCAGCCAGAGUGGUUUUCAUCUACGCCUCCCGAGCUGGCCGCACUCAACAAGAGGGUCAUCGAGGAGGCUGAGAAGACGCCCACAAUGAUGGAGCUCGGCGUGCCAGCCUACCGCACGCUCCGGCACGCAGCCUUCAAGCACGGCGACCCGGCACGCUGCGUGGAUGUGAGCCUCGCCGGGCUGGACGGCUCGCCCGAUGUGGCUGCCCGCCUCUUCUUCCCGUCCGCGGCGGCGGAAGCGGCGCCGCGAGGCGCACUGCUGCACCUCCAUGGCGGAGGCUUCGUCAUCGGCUCUGCGAUGGGCCAGAACGACGAGCGGCUGCUGCGGCACGCGGAGGCGUUACAGCCGGAGGACAAGACGACUGACACGCAUCAGGCGUGCGGUCUGACGGUCGUCUCGGUCGACUACCGGCUGAGCCCGGAGCACACCCACCCCGCGGCGCUCGACGACUGCCACGCCGCCGCACUCUGGCUCGACUCGCCCGAGGGCCGCGCCGCAGCGCGGAUCGGACCCGAGGCACCCCUGCUGAUGGGAGGGCCGCCAGCAGAGCUGACGCCGGCGGCGUGGGGCGAGAAGAGACUGGUCGAGACCGCGAAUGAGCUGCGCUGGCUCCGCUCGCAGUUCCGCUCGCAGUACCUCGGCACCGGCUUCGACGCGGCCACAGCGCGGCUGCGCGACCCGGACGUCUCGCCGCUGCACGCCGACCUCGGUGGCAUGCCUCCCGCCCUGCUCAGCCCCAUCCCGCUGCUCAGCGUGGGGACCGAGGACGCUCUCCUCGAGGAUUCCCUCUUCAUGCUCGCAAGCGGCAACCGCGCGGAGCUGCGCGUCUACCCCGGCGCCGCACACGGGAUGGGUCACUUCGGGCCGCACCAGCACACCGAGCAGGGGGAGGGGGCGCUGCGAGCCCUCGAGGCGUGGUACGCGGCGCACUUGCCCUAG